ACAACACUGAGCUCUGUCAGUGGGCUCCCUCAACCUCAUUCAUGGUGGUAUCAACCUACUGGAGUGUAAGAGCAUCUUCUCUUCUCCAAGGCUGUAGUCAGCCUGCUUCCCUGACGCCUCCAGAACUCCUUCUUGAUCUCAUUAUUCAUACAACAAGCGAUGAAGCUAUUUUUUCCAGGUCACAUGAGCCAGGAUGCGGGGGGAUCCUAUCAGGAACAGAGAUGUAAGAUCAAAGGGGAGCGAAGGAAGAGAUGGGGUGAAACACUGAGGACUUUAUAAAGAGAUGAGCUCCAAGACACAGCAAAUGCCUUUCUUGCCGAUGGAUGGUCCUCAGGAAGUACCCAGAGACAUGACUGAUGAAAACAUCACCAGGGAGUUCAGAACUCCCGCCCAAACCUACGUCUCUUUUGUCAUUGUUUCUCUUGCCAUCUGUCUUCUUGUGGCAUUAGGAACCAUCGUGGUCUUAGUAUUUCAAAGGAUGGGAUGCUGUCCACAGUGUGAAGGACACCAAAACCUACAGAAUACAACAGAACCUACCAUGAGUUUCAUGAAGACUAUGCUAUCUGAGAAAGCAGCUGCAUAUCUUCAAGUGUUAAAACCAGUCAACCGGUCACGUCUGAGGUGGAUCAAAGACGGCAUUCUCUACAACAUAGACUACGAUGAUGGAAACCUUGUGAUCCAGCAGCCUGGACUGUAUUUCAUCUAUUGCCAUUUACACUUUUACAUCAACAGGUGCCCAGACACGACGUCUGAUGUAAAGCUAGAGAUUUUUGUGAAUGAGACUUCUCAGAAACAAACUCUGUUAACACUGUGCAGCUGUGACAAGGCAUCCAAUAGGACAUACCAUGAUCUCGUUGGGGUACUUCUGAUCGAGCUGAAGAAGGGAAAUCGAAUAGCCGUGAAUGUCGAACCAUUUGAAUAUGUGGACACAGUUGUUCUUACUUCAAACAAUGUCUUAGGAGCUUUCAAGUACAGUGGUGAAGACUGGAUGUCCCUUUUUCAGGACAGUAUCUCAAAACGGUCUUUAGCUAAACAUUAAACAGCGUCUUGUCUUUUAGGUGUACCACAUCCAGCCCCACUUAGAGGGGCUACAGAAUAUUCAGUUCUCAUUAUGCUGGAGUUGUUUCAGUUGCCAUUAUUUUUAAAGGAUAGGCUUUCGCUGCAAACAUCCCCGAUCAAAGGGACUCUUCUGGAAUGGGGGGGGGGGAAUUCGACAAGAGACUGGGUUGUCAUUACAAGGAGAGUGGGGACCAGAAGCAUUUCCCAAUGCAAUGCCCUGACGCCUUCUAUUCCGUUUGCUGGGCCACUGACUUCAAUUGGAGGGACCUGCUUUUAUUGCUGUUUGAUCUGCAAAUAUAACCAACAUAUCGCCAAUUUCCUCCUCCUCUUCAGCACCUCCGCAGGCAAACAGAUACCUUGGCUGGCUGACUGGAUCGUAAAGCCAUGAGCCUGGCCCAGAGCAGCAAGAAACACUUGCCAGCUCAAGGUCCUGAUAGACCAGAUGCUGCCAAAAUUUUUUUGUUUUCCGAAUCCCACUAAGAUUUAAA